AUGGCCACGCUGGUGUGCCGGGUGCAGCUGCUGGAUGACACAGACCCCUUCAACAGCACCAACUUCCCGGAGCCCACCCGGCCUCCGCUGUACACGUUCCGGGAGGACAUCCCGCUCGCCACACAGCUGGCCGGGGUGCACCGCCUCCUCCGCGCCCCCCAGAAGCUUGAUGACUGCACCCUGCAACUGUCUCACAAUGGGACCUAUCUGGAUCUAGAAUCCACCCUAGCAGAACAAAGAGAUGAACUGGAAGGCUUCCAGGAGGAUGCUGGGAGAGGCAAGAAGCACAGUAUUAUUCUGAGGACCCAGCUGUCGGUGAGAGUUCAUGCCUGCAUUGAAAAACUUUACAAUUCCAAUGGACGAGAGCUGAGACGGGCACUUUUCUCCUUGAAGCAAAUAUUUCAGGAUGACAAGGACUUGGUUCAUGAGUUUGUUGUCGCUGAAGGUCUGACUUGCUUAAUCAAAGUGGGAGCCGAAGCUGACCAGAAUUAUCAGAACUACAUCCUGAGAGCUUUGGGACAGAUCAUGCUCUAUGUUGAUGGCAUGAAUGGAGUAAUAAAUCAUAAUGAAACUAUCCAGUGGCUGUACACACUUAUUGGGUCGAAGUUCCGCCUGGUGGUAAAGACAGCACUGAAGCUGCUGGUGGUGUUUGUGGAGUAUACCGAAUCCAAUGCACCACUUUUAAUCCAGGCAGUAUCUACCGUUGAUGAAAAGAGAGGAGCCAAGCCGUGGUCCAACAUCAUGGAGAUCCUGGAGGAGAAGGAUGGGGUUGAUACUGAACUACUGGUUUAUGCCAUGACCUUGGUUAACAAGACGCUGUCGGGGUUGCCAGAUCAAGACUCUUUCUAUGACGUGGUGGACUGUCUGGAGGAGCUAGGCAUUGAAGCUAUUUCACAGAGACACUUGAACAAGAAAGGAACAGACUUGGACUUAGUUGAGCAAUUUAACAUUUAUGAGAUGACACUGAGACAUGAGGAUGGAGACGAGAGUGCUGACCUCCCUCCCAGUGGGCGCAAGGACCGGAGAAGGGCCAGUCUUGGUACUAAUGAGCGAAGGGGGCUAGAACGCAGACGGAGCCGCAGGCACUCGGUACAGAAUGUCAAAAGCACUUUAUCAGCUCCUGCGAGCCCGUGCAGUCAGGCAAACACUAGCUUCAUGCUAGGGCAUGGACAGCAUGUUGAAGAUCUCAGUGAGAGAUACAAUAGCUAUGGCAGCAGUGCUUACUCUUCUCCACGACCUUACUCUGGUGUGAGUGCGCCUGCAACACCCACUUCUCGUUAUGGGACAACUCUUUCACCUCCUCAAGAGACCAAAUCUGACAGGCCAGCUUUGGGUGGUCUUCUUACAUCAUCUUUUCGGCUGCACCAGGAGUCCUUGGCAGCAGAAAGAGAAAGACGACGGAAGGAGAGAGAAGAAAGGUUGCAAAGGAUAGAACGUGAAGAAAGAAACAAAUUCAACCGCGAUUAUCUAGACAAAAGAGAAGAACUAAGACAAGCAAGAGAAGAGAGAUACAAAUACUUGGAGAGGUUGGCAGCAGAGGAGUAUGAAAAGGAGCUGAAGAAUCGGAGCAUAAGCCGAGGCAGAAGUGAGCUGUCCUUGAACCUGAGAUCUCCUUCAGCCCCAUCCUCACCUGCCCCGUCGUCACCUGUACCCAAGUGCAUCAGCCCAGCAUCCACAGAGUCCCAGGAAGAGCUGAAGACCCCUUCCACCCCUUGUGGGACCCCUCAGCCUUCAGAAGUGAGUGCCAGUGAACCUGAACCAGAGACAGAGACAGAACCAGAACAGGAGGCUGAGGCCAAGCAGGGAACGGAGACACCCAAGGAAAUAGAGACUACAGAGGUGGGACCAGAGAGUGAGGUGGAGCAAGGACCAGAAAGAGAGCCAGAAGAAAGUGCAAUACUCAGUGAAAAAGAAAGGCAGAAUGAGGAAGUGAAUGAAAAAGACAACUGCUCUGCAUCCAGUAUAUCCUCAGCAAGCAGCACUUUAGAGAGGGAAGAGAGAGAGGACAAGUUAACCAGUGACAAUGAAACUGGUCCAUGGUCACAGACCAUUCAGGAUGCUGGUGUGAAUGAACAGUGCAGCAACAUUCUCAACAACAAGCGGUUUAUGCUGGACAUGUUGUAUGCGCAUAACAAAAAACCCAAGGAUGAAGAGGAGAAGGAGCUGGAGGCGAAGGAGGAAAAGAAGGAGACGGAGGAAAGUGAGGAAUCACUCACCAGCCUAGCCAGUAGGAUCUCUAUCCUUCAGGCCACAAAGCAGGCCAAAGACGAAAGCGUCAAAAAGAUGGAGAUUGGAAGUCUGGACAACCAAGGCAGCGUGAAAGCCUUUGCAGAAAAAUUCAACAGUGGUGAGCUGGCCAAGGGGACAGCUGUGCCUGAAGAUGAAAUCAGUGAACAGGUCCCUGAGAAAACUCCAGCACAGCCGAAGAAGGAAUCUGACUACAUCUGGGAUCAGCUCAUGGCUAAUCCUAGAGAACUUAAAAUCAAAGACAUGGAUUUUACAGACUUGGGGGAGGAGGAUGAUGUAGAUGUGUUGGACAUGGAUAUGGGUCCUGGGGACUCCCUUGUUCCCCCUCCUCCACCUCCACCUUCCUUUCUGGGUUUGCCUCCUCCACCACCUCCCCCGCUGUUUGGAUGUCCGCCUCCACCUCCACCCUCUGCUAAUUUAUUGGCUCCUCCUCCGCUGUUCAGCACUCCUCAGGGUUUAGGGUCACCCCAGGUUUCUAGGGGUCAGCCAGCAUUUAUAAAGAAGAAGAAAACCAUCCGUCUGUUUUGGAAUGAGGUACGGCCAUUUGAGUGGCAGUGUAAAAACAACAAACGCUGCAGAGAAUUCCUGUGGUCGAAACUGGAACCCAUUAAGGUGGACACUUCCAAACUGGAGCAUCUCUUUGAGUCUAAAUCCAAGGAACUGCCUGUCACAAAGAAAACUGCUGCAGAUGGGAAGCGACAGGAGAUCAUUGUGUUGGACUCAAAACGAAGCAAUGCUAUUAAUAUUGGCUUGACUGUGUUGCCCCCUCCCCGCACUAUCAAGACUGCUAUACUAAACUUUGACGAAUAUGCCUUAAACAAGGAAGGAAUAGAGAAAAUCCUGACCAUGAUCCCAACUGAGGAGGAGAAGCAAAAGAUCCAGGAGGCACAGCUGGCAAACCCCGAUGUCCCCCUGGGCAGCGCAGAGCAAUUCCUUCUCACCCUCUCCUCCAUCAGUGAACUCUCUGCCAGGCUCCAGCUCUGGGCGUUCAAGAUGGACUAUGAGAUAGUGGAAAAGGAAGUUGCAGAGCCACUUCUAGACCUGAAGGAAGGAAUGGACCAACUGGAGCACAAUAAAACUUUGGGAUUUAUCCUUUCUACUCUGCUAGCCAUUGGCAACUUUUUGAAUGGAACCAACGCCAAAGCUUUUGAGUUGAGCUACCUCGAGAAGGUUCCAGAAGUCAAGGACACAGUGCACAAGCAGUCCCUCCUGCACCAUGUCUGCACUAUGGUGGUCGAAAAGUUCCCAGACAGUACUGAUCUUUAUUCAGAGAUCGGGGCCAUUACUAGGUCAGCCAAGGUUGACUUUGAGCAACUCCAGGAAAACUUGUGUCAGAUGGAAAGGCGGUGCAAAGCAUCGUGGGAUCACCUGAAGGCUAUAGCAAAGCAUGAAAUGAAGCCAACUCUAAAGCAAAAAAUGUCUGAGUUCCUUAAAGACUGUGCAGAAAGAAUUAUAAUCCUGAAGAUUGUUCAUAGAAGAAUAAUUAACAGGUUUCACUCAUUUUUGUUAUUUAUGGGCCAUCCUCCCUAUGCAAUACGUGAAGUGAACAUCAAUAAAUUCUGCAAAAUUAUCAGCGAAUUUGCUCUGGAAUACCGCACCACCAGGGAACGAGUUCUGCAGCAAAAACAGAAACGAGCAAACCACAGAGAGAGAAACAAGACCAGAGGGAAAAUGAUAACAGAUUCCGGCAAGUUCUCCAGCAGCUCACCCCCCUGCCAGAGCCAGCCCCAGGGCCUGCAGUAUGCUGAAGAUGCUGCAGAGCAUGAGAACAUGAAGGCUGUGCUGAAGACCUCCUCCAUCGGUGGGGAAAGCACCACAGCACUUGGGGUCCGCACUCGAAGCAGGGCCAGCCGAGGCCGUAUUGGUUCAUGGAAUGCUGGCAACGACGAUUCACCUAAUGCAACAGAUGAUGCAGCAGAUGAGAUUAUGGAUCGCAUUGUGAAGUCUGCCACCCAAGUGCCAAGCCAGCGAGCGGUGCCUAGAGAGAGGAAGCGAUCACGAGCAAAUAGGAAGUCAUUGAGAAGGACACUAAAGAGCGGACUAACACCAGAAGAAGCCAAAGCACUGGGCCUCAUCAGCACCUCUGAGAUGCAGGUUUGACGUCCCGGAGGUGGUGACAAGAAGAGCCGUUCAUCUGAAGCACACAGGCUGACAGCUCUUCAGUGUGGCAUUGACCUGCCAGCCUCCUCUGCUGCUCCCAACAUCCCGUCCUCUGUUUGUUUGAUUUUAAUAAGCAACAAGAAGCAAAACCCCACCGCCAAGGCAGAAGAAGGGUGUGCCGCAGCUCAGCACAACAUCUGGACAGUAACUGAGGAAGCGUUUGAGAGGUGAAAGUAGGUGAAAGUAUAUGGCGGCUUCUUCUCAUGAUGUGUUGGUGUGGGUAGGAGGGGGCUCCCUCCGAGUUAUCUGUCAUUCUGUGAGCUGUGUUUACGUUGGCUUACCCUGUUUUAGUCAUUGCAAAUGUAUGGCAUCUUGUCAAUGCAACAAACAGUCCUUAAAGAGGCAAAAUAAGUCCUGUUACAGCAACCCAAAUUUUCCUGAAGCAGAUUCAUUAAGCAAAGAUGCACAGUCUGUGCAACCCUGUGGUUUGUUGGGUUUUUUAUUAUUUUGCCACCAAAGAAUGUAAAAAUGUAUGUGUACCUUUGUAUAUGUACAAAAUGAAUGUGUGAACGCAUAUGUGCAAGUAUCUAUACACAUACAGUCGUGGUGUGAAAUCAUACUCUUGCUGAAGCUAGCUGGACUAUGAUUUUCACUCUGGGGCCUUACUGUUCCACCUGGACAGGAGGAAAAGAAUGUCUUUUCAUAGGAACUCAGUGUUAUUCAGUGGGAUUCACCCUGUGGGGCAGGAGAUGGUAAAGUUUAGGAUCCUGAAUUCGUAUGUAUUAAUACACACUCAUACUGUACGUAGCAGCAUGCACACAAAGGAGAGGACAUGGUAUGCCUCCCUCCUGUUGAGCUAUGGCUGUACUGUGCAUUUGUACAGUUUCAAAGAGACCUAUGCCAACAAUUUUACAUACUUGAUAAAUGCAUUCAGUUGCUAAGAUCAAGAAGUUUUGUUCACUUGCCUGUGCCCUUCAUGCUGCUUUUCUCUGCUGCAAGAUAAUGUGGUGGUGUUUUUAUUUCAAAUUAAUGGAUUUGAAUAUGAAAUGACCCUGCUAAAAGCCUGCUGUGUUUUUGCUGUUCUUUAUUUCUGUGGCUAUUUUUGAUGCAAGUGGAGAGGGUACCACAAUGAACACUCCAAUAUGUUUGCCCUUAUCUCACUGUUUUGUAACUGACUUUUAUAACUGCCCUCAGCAUGUGUGUUUGAAGAACUUUUAGUCAACUCAUCUGCCUUUAAGUGAAGCGACACAGACAGCAGUGAAAGUGAAUUGAACACAGUCACCCCAGCCAGUGUUGAGGCAUUUUGAAGAGAACUGCAAACAAUAGUAAUAUAAAAGGGAACUUUUAAAGCCAAAGUCAUAUAUGGCCAAUUGAUCCUCAAGGGUGCACAAGAUUCUCUUUUCAUUGCCUUAGCCUCCAAGAUUAAGGAUAUGUCUGCAUGGCAGUAGUAGCUGAGGCUUCCUCCAAGCUAGUUAACUAGGGAACUGCAGCAGUUUAGUCAUGGUAACAGGGUUUGAUUUUGGCUGCAAAACACACUUGAAAAGUAGUGUUGUUUAAUAGCCUAUGCUGGGCUCCUAAUGCCAUAGCUGUGUUACUUCUGGCACCCAAGCUAGAUCAGAUACUUCAAGUUAUUCAGCUCUCAUUAAAGAGAGGAAGAUCACUGAAGGUUGUUCAGGGUAGUUAAACCAAGCAUUAUAAACCUUUGAAACCUCGGUCAUCCAUCACAUCACAUUGAUCAUAGCAUCCAAGUGAUGAGAGAACCAGGUAGCUGAAAACACUGCAAUGAGAUUUGUGGUUGAACAUCCUCUCUGUGCUGUCCAUUUUUUUUAUCAUAACUUUUCAUUCUUUAUCUGCCGAUGACUCAGAUCUUCACGUGUCAAAGUCCAUGGGGUAAAAAGUCACUGAUGGGUAAAGAUUCUUAAGGACAGCAAUGAGUUUGAUGUGGUUUUCCUCUCAACUUGUUAAAAAGUCGAUUUUACAGGUAGGCAGAAGGCAGUAGUUGUGUAAUUAAUAAAAUGUGUAUUUGAAAGCUAUGGAAAGGGGGAAGCUGGUUAAGAUACAGAAGGAAGUGGCAUAUAAUAAAUUUCACUGUAAACUAAGCAAGACUGAGGAGCAUCUGGGUUUUAAAGUGGAUCUUUAUGUGCUGCUCACCAUUAUGGACUUUUUAAAUCUCUCUUAAGAGAGAGGGUGCUUUGAACAAAGAAAUGAAGGUUAUGGGGGUUUGUGGAGGUCUUUGAAGUCUGAAAUGACAAGUAGACACCCUGAAUGUAAUGAUUAUGUUAAACUGUGAUACUUGCUGAAUGAUAAAAGAAGCAAAAAGGCAACAAAACACAUCUAUGCUGACAGAGGUCAUGUAUUUAAUUGGAGGGAGAAAAUCAAACACAUUUUUAAAACUGAGUAUUUUAAAAUAUGCCGAAUGUGCAAAGUGGGUGGCUCUUGGUGACCACUUGCUAAUAGGAAACAAAUUUGUGUUUCAUUAGUGCAGUAUCAGUGUUUGAAAUAUGACAUAUAACAUAGCUGAUGAAUUACCAACAGUUGGGCAUAUGUAUUUUCCAAGAAUUGUGCAAAAAUUUUGCAAAACUUCUUAUGCUCCUAAUGGAGGAGAAAAUGCAAUUUGGGGAAUGGUGUUAGAAUAAGUUCAGGGGAAAAUACAACAGCCAGUUUCUUUGAUAUUCUCUGAAUGCAAGUGUCUCACAUCUGAAGCAUAUUCUUCAUUGUCUUUAUUUCCAUUAUGUUUGGUUUUCUAUUGCUUCUCCCUAUCUGCGAAACUGGUACCCAUUUUUCUGAAGAGUAACUUGGUCUUGUUUUUGAAGUAGUGUACAGCUCAGAUUAAUUCCACCAUCCUCAACGUUUAUUGUAACCAGAUCAUCAAACACAGUAACUUGCAAUAACUACAGAAAAGAUUUCUAUCUGGGGUCCUGAUAAAAAUGGCCAGUGGCCUGGUACGCUAAUGUGUAAGGUGGCAGGAUUUCCUCCAGAGUUUGCCAGCAUGUCCUACCUGCGGGAACAAUAUUUGUUCCCCUUCACUUAAGUAGUGGAUUCCAAAUGAAAUGGAGGAAUUGGUUACAUUUGCAUGAUUCUGUCUAAUCAGGUUGUAACCCUCAAAUUUUGAGUUGCUGCCUGCCCCUCCAUCAUCAAGAGAGCCCACCAUAAGGAUGUAGUACUUGUUUUUAAAUGUGUGUGAGAUACAGGUUGGUUUUGUGACAAACGUAAAGGUAUUGGAAACACGAUGUUUUGACACAUGUUCCCAUUUCUCAUUUAUAUUUCCAUGAAGGCUGGUUUUAAACACUUGUGGCCAUUACUACCUCCCUUCUCUUUGUCAUAGUACCAGUCAGUUGGAAAUUUAGUGCCCGGAGUUUUGUACCUCCACCAAACUCUUGGAGUUGCUGCUGGUGUUUGUUUCAACACCCAUCUGCUGCCAAUAACUUGUCUGUCCAUCUGCCACCAUAACGCCUUCCUGAUUCGGAUGCUGAGGUAAACUUUAGCAUAUGAAAUGACUGCCAAAGGGAAGCUAUCCUAAUUUCUUUCAAUCUCCCUUGUUUUUUAAAAGCAGACUGCAUACAAAUACUUUAUAUUCCCUCAUUCCCAGCUGAGGGAUAACUUUCAGUAGCAGUUAUGUGGCUGCGGUGAAGAAACAGCCCCAGGGAAUGCUGUGUGCCCCAAUUGAGAGUGAAAGAUCCCUCACAAAAGUUGCAUACAUCACUCUUCACCUUUCAGUAAGGCCAGACACCAGGCUUAUGGAUUCCAGAUGUUUCACAGCCCUUUGGCUGCUACAUGUGACCCUUCUGUUUGAUAGUUACCUGUCCAUAAUCCAAAAUCAACAAAAAGUGUUGUUUUAAAUGAGGGUCUUUCUUGCUCCAAUAAAUGCUGGAAACAGCAUCAAAAGCAGUUUUCAAAAUAUAUUUCUUUUUCUCUUUUGACACCCUUUUAUUGUAAAUUUUUGCAGUCAUUGACUGUCAGCAAAAUAAAACAGCAGUUUUGUAGACAGACAAGACAUUGGCUUUGGCUUAAUAGAAAGUCACAUGAAUAUCUAGAUAAGAGUGCUCCAUUCUCCUUCAAGGUACUAGACAAUGUGGCAGGAAGACACCUUAAAUCCCCAGUGUGCUGUUUUCUAAGUGUACCCCACAAUACUGUGUAGGUGUUGUUUUUACAAUGCUUUGAUUUCACUGAGAUGAGCUGGGGACAAGGUACUAACCUACCAGUUUCACAUCCUUUAUCCUUGCGUUACCACUCAUAAGUAGGCGUGCAUGCUACUUGCCUUUAUCUGAAGGAUGUACAGGGACAUGGUGUCAAACAGAAGCACAAGCAUAUUCCUCUCUCUUUUUCACUCAUCUGAGCUCACUAUACGUGUACCACUCCUCUCAUUAUCUUCAUGGCGGGUUGUGUGUGCGUGCAUAGGCAAAGCCUGACCCUGUGCUGUGUUUGGAUGAUGGCUUUGUAUUUCCAGCAUUGGGAUGCAAGAAACCCUUGCCUAAGCUGCAAGGACUAUGACUGUUGAUGUUCCUCUGCAGGGAAAACUGCCAGGUACUUAGAGGCUCUGAAAGAAAAUAAACUGAAGCAUUUUUGAAAGAGAAAAAUGUUUGGUUAUAGGGAACUGUUGAAAAUCAUUUGCAAACACGUGACCAAGAUGUAAGGCCUACCUUUCUGCUUUUCAACUGGGGCAGCAGCUGACUCAACUAGCAUUGCAGAUGCAAUCCCAAGAAGUUUUUGGCAAGCAGUUUGAUAGUUACAUAGCAAGUGAUGCGAGGAGUUUCGGAGAUGUUGUAUAGUUUUAUGUUUACGCAAAAGAAAAAAAAAACCUAUUAAAGUUAUUUCUAAUUAGUCCAUUUCACAUUGAGUGGCAGAUAGAGAUAUAUUUUGUUUAAUCACUAUCUAAUACCGAGGCUUCUGUGAAAGAAAAGGUUUAUUUGUAGCAUUGGGAGCAUUUCUCCUUUUUAAAGACUGUCUUUGCGCGUAUAGUGUCCUUUUUUGUGAGCUGGGAGUUGUAAAAAAAUGUAAAGUAGAAAAGGACGUGUUUCUUAGACGAAGGAGAAAUACUGUAAAAUUGUGUAAAUGUCACUACUCAUGGGUUUUUUUCAUGUUCUGUGUAGCAUAGUGUAAAAUAGUCUUUCCAGCAGUGUUAUUCUGUGAAUUGUAAUUUAAAAAACAAGCCAUGCAUGGUCAGAGAUAUUACCUACAGGUCCUUUUGGUUGAGUUUUUGGUUUUGUUUGUUGUUUUCUCAUUUUAGGUGAAUUUGUUUUAUGUUAAAUUUAAUUGUCCAUGAAACUGCAUUUUUUGUUUCUCAUUUUUAUUUCAUAAAGAACUUGAAUUACUCUUUAAGGUUUUAUUACACACAAAGCUCACCUGCCCUUUGUAUCAAUCCUUCAGAGGCUUCGUCACACUUAAUGUAAACGGGAGGAGGCGGUGGUAUGUGUUUCUCUUUAAUGCACCCCUCACCUGCCUCUUCUCCCCCCACUCUCCCCACUUUACUGUCUGGAAAGAUGCAAUCACACUUCUUUUUUUCUUUCUUUUAUUUUUUUCCUUUUUUUCCCCCCCCCGUGCCAUGCAGGGUCAAUAUGGAAAACUGACCACAGACCUGUGUCCAAAAUUUCUUGAUAUAAGUAGUUAAAAAGCUCACCUCUACAGCAUUAUGUAAACACAUCUUGCAAUAAAGCUUUAUAAAGCACUGA